ACGUUUGCGGUGGCUUUUUCUUUUGGUGCGCAGCUCGCGGGGAGAACAGCGACACGUGGGAUCGCUCCGUCUGCUCGAGCCGACAAACAACGUUUAUCAAGAUGGUGAAACUCGCCAAGGCAGGUAAAAAGCAAGGAAAACCUAAAAAGGCUGCCCAGCCACCACCCCCUGAAGAGUUUGAAGAGUCCACUUCGGGGGAGGAAAAUGAAGAGGAAUUGCCAGCACCCCCUGUUAAAAAGGUUAAGACUCCACAAUCUUCCAACAAAAAAAAUGGUAAAGCUGUAAAGAAAGAGAGUAGCGAGGAAGACUAUGUCGAGGAGGAAGAUGAGGACGAUGAUUCUGCAGAAGCAUCUGAAGAGAAACCUGUUCCUAAGCAUGCAGCUGUAAUGAUUAACAAAGCAAAGGAAGAGUCAGAUGAAGAUGAGGAUGAAUCUGGGGAAGAAGAGGCAAUGGAUGUUGCACCACCACCCAAGGCAAAUAAAGCUGGCAUGGUGAAAGCUCAGGAAGAUGAUGAGGAUGAAGAAGAUGAGGAUGAAGAUGAUGAAGAAGAAGAAGAAGAAGAUGAUGAUGAAGAUGAAGAUGAUAAAGAGGAUGAAGAAGAAGAAGAAGAAGUUGAGAUUGCUGUACCAACAAAAGCUGGAAAGAGAAAGAAAGUGGAACAGAAGUCAGUGACUCCAGCUAAGAAACAAAAGUCUGACAGUGAUGAAUCGUUCUCACUGUUUGUUGGAAACUUGAACUCUGAAAAGAAUUUUGAAGAACUAAAAAAAGCCCUGAAUGGUUUCUUCACCAAAAAGAAACUGUCAGUCAUUGAUGUCCGAAUUGGAUACACCAGGAAGUACGGUUACGUGGACUUCGAAACCAAAGAACAACUAGAAAAAGCAUUGAAAUUCAAUGGAAACAAAGUGCUGGGCCUUGCAGUCAAACUUGACAAAGCACGCAGUAAAGAAAGCAAUACAAGUGCCAAAAGAGAGAGAGACUGCAGGACGUUGUUUGUCAAAAAUCUCCCUUUCAAGAUAACACAAGAUGACCUGAAAGAGAUUUUUGAUAAUGCAAUUGAUAUUAGAAUUCCUGUUUCUCGUGAUGGUUCAAGUUCACGUGGCAUUGCAUACAUCGAAUUUGAAAGUGAAGCUGCGGCAAAUUCAGCAUUGGAAGAGAAACAAGGCACUGAUGUUGAUGGUAGGGCCAUCGUUAUUGAUUUCACUGGGGACAAGAGUAUAUUAAAUGUGAAGGCUGGACAAACACAACCAAAUUCUGAUACACUCGUUGUAAAUAACUUGGCGUAUUCUGCAACAGAAGAUACCCUCCAGAAUAUUUUUGAAAAAGCAUCAUCAAUCAAAAUUCUAGAAAAGAAUGGCAAACCAGUAGGGAUUGCAUUUGUUAAAUUUGAUUCCAUUGAGGAUGCUAAAGAAGCUCUGGAGAAUCAUAGCAAUACAGAAAUAGAGGGGAGAGCCGUGAGAUUGGAUUUCAGCAGUCAAAGGCACAGGAGUGGGGAUGGUCCUAGCAAGACAUUGUUUGUUCGUGGCCUUUCUGAUGAGACAACUGAAGAAACUUUAAAAGAAGCUUUUGAGGGUGCUGAGAAUGCUAGAAUUGCAGUAGACAGGGAAUCUGGAAGAUCAAAAGGUUUUGGCUUUGUGGACUUCCCAUCAGAAGAAGAUGCAAAAUUAGCUAAGGAUGCGAUGGAAGAUGGAGAAAUUGAUGGAUGCAAAAUUAUGCUUGACUUUGCUCGACCAAAGGGUGACAACCAACGAGGUGGUCGGGGUGGUAGAGGUGGUGGAGGAUUUGGAAGAGGUCGAAGAGGUCGUGGCGGAUUUAGUGGCAGAGGUCGUGGUGGCCGAGGCGGUGGUCGGGGUGGAUUUGGAGGAUUCAGAGGUGGAAAGGUUACUCCUCAAGGAAAGAAAACUAAAUUUGAUUAGUGGGGCCAGUAAGACUGCUUUACCUUGUUGUGUUCAGACAGAGCCUCUGAUUGCCUCAUAGUUGGGACAUUCCACGAUUCUGCAUGGACUGACUGGCUGUGCAAAUUGGAGUCUGGUGGGAGCUCCUUAAGUUUCUGAAUGGACUUACAAUUAAGUAAAGACAGAAAUUGUUGGUAUAUCUUUGUGCAUUUUGUCAAAUUUAAGUUUCCUGUUUUACCAAUGUGUAAAUGUAUUGCUCUUUGAUUUUUUUUUUAGUUACAAUGUAAAUCCAAAAAUAAUGUUUUAGAAUGUUGUGCUUGACAUACUGUCUACUGGAUUAAAAGGACCUUAUUUCACA